AUCUGUACAUUCACGACGCGGGUCCCAUACUGAGAUCUGUCGCGCGCCUUUCGCCUCUAUCCGCACGAAGCGCUAAAUAAUUUUAAAAUAUCGUGACUAUCAGCAAAAUAAAGUGCUUGUGAUAAAAAUGGUUCGGAAAAUCAGUGUUUUCGUGUGUUGUCUCUGCGUUUUUGGUAUAUCUUUUAGUGAUAGUGCCAUAUCUGCGGAAAAUGAGACAAGAUGCCGGAACCCACCGACAGCACCUCAGAAGAUAGAAAGAGUAAUAACGCUGUGUCAAGACGAAAUUAAACUCUCCAUACUGAGAGAGGCCCUAGACGUGAUAAAAGAGGAGCAUACGAUGCCAGCGCAGCGACGACGCAACAAGAGAGAAGUGCCUUUUACGCAUGACGAGAAGAGAAUUGCUGGGUGUCUACUCCAGUGCGUUUACCGGAAAGUGAAAGCGGUUGACGGCUACGGAUUCCCUACGCUGGAGGGUCUGGUGAGCCUAUAUUCCGAUGGUGUGAAUGAACGCGGCUACUUCAUGGCGGUGCUGGAAGCGUCCCGCGAGUGUCUUAUGCGCAACCACGACAAAUUCUCCAGGGCCGUACCUAUGGAUAAUGGUCGCAACUGUGAUGUUUCCUUUGAUAUUUUCGAAUGCAUAUCGGAUCGCAUCGGCGAGUACUGUGGCACUUCUGGGCUUUAAUUUUUUUAAUUAAGUAUGUUAUAGAAAAUACUAAAAGGCGAUAAUUAGGGUGAUACCAAAUAAAUAUACUUUUAUUGACAAGAAUGUAACUUUGGAACUCAAAACUUCUUUCUCUUGCCACAUUAAAAACUGCUUACUUCGAAGGUAAUUUAUUUAGUACUAGCUGUUCCCGUGCGACUUCAUUCGCACAUAAUUAUAAAAAUUUUAUUUCAUUGUUUACAACUGUCAAAUUAUCAAUUGCAUGACAAUGACAAAGCAUGGCAACCUUGCUUCCUUGAUUUUGGCAGCAACUUAUGGUCUCUUUCCCACAUUAGGGUUUUAUACAAAAUAUUUACCCCCUAAGUUUAAUAGUGUAAAAAUAUAUAGCCUAAAGACGUAAGUGUAGGGUUUUUAUUUAAAAAAAUAGUUAUUCAAAAAUAUGGUGUAAUUGCUGACAUCUUAGGCAACAAAGAAGUGUGUGUUUACGCUUUAUUAUGAUAGUAUAGAUAGAUAUAGAUAUGUAAUAUCUGAAUAAUUUUACAACUACAUAAAGGUUCUGACAAUAUUAUGGCAAAGAAUUUUCUUCUAUCAAUUAUGUCUUGCCAAAUACCACUUUGCCAAACACCUUAAUUAUCGCCUUUAUCGAAUUCAAUAACUUAAGUUACCAAUAUUAUAAAAAUACUUACUGCCAAUUAAAAUUAGAAUAAGUAAAUAACGUACUUUGUACAUAGUUAUAGUAAAUAAUAUUGUGAUGCUCAGUAACUAUUAAUAAUAAGAUAAUAAAAGUUAUUCAUUUGGAAUGUUCUGUAAAAAAACCACUAACAAAAAGAUUUUAUGUCCGUCCCUUACAGAAAUAACGGCUAUUAAACUGCACACGUAGUUAAUUACCUAUGAAUUACAAAUAAGCAAGGUUAGGAUUUUUAAGCAUUAUUCCCGUCCCUUUCAUUUAUUUUGAAAUAAUAGAGACAUUUGUAUUGUUAUUUCGGUCCUGGAAAUUUGCAGUGAGUUCUUUGUAAAAUUUUUGCAAAAUUUUGAGCUUUAUAACGAACUGAUAGAUUAAUACUAGUUGUAUAAGAAUGUUAAUAAAACCUGUAAAUAAAU